GCUGCUCAUCUCCACCAUGUCGAUGACAGAAAUGCCUCAGCAAGGAGAGCCUUGGUUCGACGACGGAAAUCUUAUUCUCCAGGCCGAUGGAAAUGUCUGCUUCAAAAUCCAUCGCGGUGUACUUGCUCGACAGUCCGAGAUCUUUAAGGAUAUGCUUGCUUUGCCUCAGCCUUCGCCAUUGACUUCAAAUGAUGUAGAGAAAGUGGAAACCGUACGAAUGUAUGACUUGCCUGUGGAACUGUCGAAUUUGCUAAUGGCGAUCUAUGAUGGAGUGACCUUUUAUAACCGAGAUGUUGAAGAUUUCUUCUUUCUUGCAUCUAUACUACGGCUUUCGACGAAAUACUUUAUUGCGCAUUUACGAAAGCAAGCUAUUGAAGCGCUUGCACAGACCUGGUCGUAUAUGUUGGAUGGUCACGACGCGAUGGUUGACCGAGCACUCCAGGCCCCUGUAGGCCCUGGAGAGUUCACUUAUCCCUACGUUCAUCCUGUUCAUGUGCUCAACCUUGCCCGAGAGACGAACGUAUGCAUUGUAAUACCCUCAGCGAUUUACUUCCUAUCUGUAUACCCGUUUUCCGACCUUCUACAAGGUUCCCACCCGAAGCUCCUUGUUGAAUCACGCACGGGACUUCCUAAACCGGCUUCAACGCUUUCUAUUGAGGACAUCACGAACUAUACACACAUGUAUCAGCAUCGUAUCGAGCUCGUCCUCGACUACGUCCGUCACUUCUGCGGCGAACGACGUUCACAUCGCGAUUGUCGAUGGAGACGAGAAGAAGAUCCAUCACGUCCUUUCAAUCACGAUCAAGACCGACCGCCAGAAGUCGAAGGCCUAGAUCCCUGUUCACAUACUUUCGCCAGGUUAGCUUCACGUGCAUCUAGGUCGUGGUAUACUCGUACAGGACCUCUCCGUUGGAUGUUACAGACCGUGCAGUACUUAGAGCAGAGAGACAUGCCUCUUUGUUCGCUUUGCAAGUAUACGUUUCAGAGAGACGUCGAGUCUCAUCGGCAUGGUAUCUGGGAUAAACUUCCGGGGGUGGUAGGAUUACCUAGGUGGAAGGAGCUACUUGAAUCAGACCUACCAGAAACAUGUCAGGAACCAGAGCGAGUAGGAACGCAGAAACAGCAGCAAAAUCGUACAACAACCCCGCUGGCACGAUCGAGCUAGGUUCCAUGUCAUCUGGAUGAAAUCAGAUUCCUAUUUCUCGAUUCUGACUUAGGCACUGUCAUUUUUUCAUUGAAGCAGCACACAGGCUUACUGUAAAUGCUGUCACUGGCUAAAAGUAUCUGUGUAUGAAAUUCAACACAAUUGUACAAUAUAUAGUUCAAGC